GAGUCUUUUUAAAGUGGCGUUGAAGUGAUUUGGGGGAAUUUGGACGGAAAGGGAAAAGUACGAUAUUUCAUGAGACGCUUAACCAGACUGGUUCAUAACAUGUUGACUAUUUAUUGUAGUCUUGUCACUGAGGACAGCCGGGUCGGGGUUGAAAGUGAAAUUAUCGAUUUUUUCCCUCGGUUUAUUUUAACUGGCCGGAAUCUGUGAAAUAAGUGGUUUUCUCGUUUUUGAAAAGGGAAAUCGAACUCUGUCCAAAUCGGUCGACUUUUCGGUUCUACACCUCGGGCCGAUCCGUGUCGACCCACGGACGCAUCCGGCCCUCGGACAGGCGAAUCGUGUUGUUUAUGCUUUUCGAAAUCGGGUUGUUGUUUGUAAACAAAGAUCGGCAUCUCGCGUUGUUUCUCUUUCGGCCAGCCGUCUCUUCGCCCAUUGACGAAAAUCGGGAAGUCGGGACGCUUACAGUUCACGUUCUAAGCGGAUUUGUGGACGCAUUUCAUCCAAUGACGAAAGUUUCAUCUCCACCUUUCUGAAUCUGUUUGUUCAUCCGAAUGAAGGACAGCAUACAACCGAUAAUUACAUUUUGAUUUUAUGCACGGACUUGUUUUUCUACGAGGGAACAUGGCUCAUACGAAAUGGUAUCUGAAUUCAACAAAUAAGCAUAUUCGCUAAGCCUGCCAGCCUAUUCAAACAUUUAGAAUGAAAUUAACUUCAUCCAAAUUCCCAUAAUCUUUCAAAAGUACAAUUCUGUCGAAAUAAGAUGAAGAUUUAAAGCGGCAUGUCUUACGGAGGGGAAAGAAAGAGAUUUUAUUGCCGAGAAUGGGUAUUUAUGAAACUGACCCAUCUCAUCGAACAGAAGAAAACGGGUGGAGCCCUGAUCGUCGGUGGGCCCGGCAGCGGCAAGUCGGCGAUAUGCAACGAGAUAUCGUGCCCGACUGCGGGUCACACGGGAAGGCCUCAGAGGUCUUUGAACAGAAGGCUCCUCGCCCACCAUUCCUGCCAGGCGCACGACAGGUCUUCGCUGUCCAUGCAGCAGUUCAUUCUGAGCAUGGUCAAGCAGCUUUCGGUGAAAGACACUCCUCCUUUUGCUUCGCUCGCCGAGAGGAUGCGAUCCGACCCUGAGGUUUUGUCGGCCAUCUCGCCGGAAGCUAUGGUGCAAGAUCCUGACGACAGUUUCAGAAGGGCUGUUUUAAUACCUUUGACUCAAGUUCAGCCUACCCCGACCCAAUGUUUUUUCCUCUUGGUUGAUUCCGUCGAUGAAACUUCUUUUACCGCCGCCAAACCUACCGGUGCUGCACCAGUCGCUAGCAAAACCGUCGGAGACCUUCUCGUCAACAACCACCACCUGCUACCACCGUGGCUUCUUCUGUUCGUAACGGCGAGAAGGCAGAAUAAGCACAUAGCAAAGGCGUUUUCAACUUACAAAAAAAUAUGCAUAGAUGAUCUCAGAAAGUCUCAGGUCGUGAGAGACGUCCAGCAGUAUAUACUUUUGAGGCUGGAAAGUGAAGAAUGCCUCAGAAGGCAGAUGUGCCACGGCACGGCGGAAACUUUGAACCAACUCCAUAUUAAGUCAAACGGAUGUUUCCUAUACCUCGAACGUGUCCUUGACGGAGUAGCUGAUGGCUGCAUCGUCCUGAGGGAAGUGAGGGACAUACCCGGAACUCUGAACGGCCUGUACCUCUGGCUUUGUCAGAGGCUUUUGAUCGCUAAACACUUCGCGAAGGUGAGACCACUUCUCAAUAUUAUUCUUGCGUCCGAGAAGGGAUUGACAGAAGCUGAAGUAACAUCGAUACUUUCGACCUGUGAUAACACCUUGAGCAGGGAAGACUUGAAAAGACGGUGCCAGGUGGCGAGGAGAGUACUGAGCACAUCUCUAGACCUUACCCUGCGUCCGUUUCAUAACAGUUUUGCCGAAUGGCUACUCGACGUGAAACACUGCACACAACGUUAUCUCUGUUCUUCUAGUGCAGGUCAUGCGAUGAUUAUUAUGCAUCUUACAACAAGAGGGCCAACGUUGUCACCUAAUGAAGUCGAAAGAUUGGCGUACCAUUUGAGCUGUUUACCUCCAUCUGUACUCGGCCCGUUAACGCCACUUUGGCUACUCACAUCCGGAGUCCCGUUGGAUUUAUGCGAUUCGAGCCAUCCGAUAGCGAUGGAUUAUUUAAGAGAAAUAGAAGCCGCUUGCAACCAGGGAGGGACGGAAGAUUGCCUUGCAGAAGGUGAAGCUGAAGAUAUCGUAGAAAGCCCGGGUGAAAUCAGCCUUCACUGGUUGGCAGCAGAAGGUGAUCACGACAAAUUAGAAGCAGCUCUGAACAUAGACGCGUCUGCUUUAGAAGCGACUGAUAGGCACGGUCAGACUCCUCUGAACUUGGCAGCACGCCUUGGCUUACAUAACAUUGUUAAAGUACUCCUUGCUGCAGGAGCAGAAGUGGAUCAUGCUGAUUGUGAUGGCUGGACUGCUUUGAGAGCUGCAGCUUGGGGUGGCCACACAGAAGUCGUUAAAUUAGUACUUGAAGCAGGAGCAUCUGUUGACAGCUGUGAUAGAGAUCAAAGGACUGCUCUCCGGGCAGCUGCUUGGGGUGGACAUGCUGAUAUUGUUACUCUCCUUCUAGAAGCGAACGCUGACGUCAAUAGGACCGAUUGUGAAGGGAGAACUGCUUUAAUAGCCGCAGCGUACAUGGGCCAUGCAGAAAUAGUCGAAAAAUUAUUAGAUUAUAACGCAGAUAUUAACCAUCAAGACAGCGACGGUAGGACUGCGCUCAGUGUCGCUGCACUCUGUGUCCCGGCCAGUGAAGGUUACACCAAGGUUGUUAAUAUUUUACUCGAGAGAAAUGCUGAUGUCGAUCAUGAAGAUAAAGAUGGUAUGACACCAUUGUUAGUGGCCGCAUUUGAAGGACACCGGGAUGUUUGUGAAUUGCUCCUUGAAGCUGAAGCGGAUGUUGACCAUGCUGAUAGCGCAGGAAGAACGGGGCUUUGGGCCGCAGCGUCCAUGGGUCAGGCCAGCGUCGUUUCCCUUCUUUUAUUCUGGGGGGCGUCAGUCGAUGCGAUCGAUCCAGAAGGAAGGACCGUACUUCUCGUCGCUGCUGCACAGGGCAGUGAGCCCGUCGUUAAUCUUUUACUCGAAAGAGGAAUGGAUGAACAACAUCGAGACAACUGCGGAUGGUCUGCAUUGCAUUACGCUGCUUUAGAAGGACAUUGUGAAGUUGUGAGAACAUUGUGCAAUGCAGGCGCUAGACCGUCGUGUGCCGACAAUGACGGUAGGUCGCCGGUAAUGCUUGCUGCCCAAGAAGGGCACACGGCUCUAGUCAAACAGCUUGUAGAAGAGCACGGCGCCGAGGUCGAUCAGAGGGCCCACGACAAGACAACUGCUCUAAGACUCGGAGCACUCCAAGGUCAUCAAAAUGUUGUCCGUGCGUUGUUAAGUUACGGAGCAGACGUUAACGCUCAAGAUGCUGAUGGAAGAAGUACUCUUUACAUUCUUGCUUUGGAAAAUCGGCUACAAAUGGCAGAAUUCCUUAUAGUGAAUGGGGGUGCUGAUGUAGAAGUUAGAGAUUUGGAGGGGAGGACUGCCCUUCAUGUCAGUGCUUGGCAAGGACAUGCAGAAAUGGUUAAUCUUCUGUUAACCAUCGGACAUGCUGAUCCUAACGCUGUGGACAACGAAAGAAGGACGCCUUUACAUUCUGCUGCUUGGCAGGGUCACGCUCAGGUCGUAAAAAUGCUAUUAGACAACAAUGCCCGGGCAAAUGAUACUUGCAAUCAAGGAGCGACCGCACUAGGCAUUGCUGCUCAAGAAGGCCAUGAAGAGUGCGUAAGAGUGCUUCUAGCAGUCGGAGCAGAUCCAAAUCAUUGUGAUCAAUGUGGAAGAAACGCGCUAAGGGUCGCUGCGAAAAGCGGACACCAAGCUGUCGUCAGACUUCUCGAACAAGCGACAAACAGUACCUCAGCGCCAGUACCUCCAAGCAGUUUGCCAAUACCUAAUGGAGCGAUACUUUGUCCGAGUGCCCCUUGUUUGCAAGAUUCGCCCGAGCUGACUGGCAAACGAAGGUCUCUUGUUUCAAGCGACAGCAGUAACCUCACCAACAGUACACGAAGCUCUCAUAAAGAACUUCAGGGUCAGUUGUCAUUUACUCAACAAUUAGAACAUUGUUCAAGGAGAUCCAAAGUACUAAGCCCAUUACAAUCUCAGCCUCCAAGUCCGAUUUAUGCUUCUCCUCCUACAAGCCCUCAGAACCCGUGUAAUGAUCACUUUUCUCGGGAUACACACAUGAGAAUCAUCUUAGGUAAUAAAACGUCACCUACAAGAGAAAGUAGGUUAUCAAAACCAAAGCGAAAUGGAAUAGUGACGAAUCCAGCUUUAAGGAUAGUUCCGGCCAUUAGAAAUGGCCUAGAAUUUGCGGCAGGCCGCUGGGGGAGCAACAACAGCGCCACGCCGUCCAACAGUUUCCAAUGGAGGAAAGAGACGCCGCUUUAGCACAGGGAGAUAAUUACUGAAGACGGUACCGUUUCCAAGCUUUGCUAAAUUAUGGAAUUGCUUAAGACAAAAAAAAAA